UUUCCCUUCCUGGUCCCUCGAAGGGAUCGGGAGGAGGUCGCAGGCCGCCGGGAAGUUGAUCCAGGCGUUAGGUGAAUGGUAGUGUCUAGAAAGGGUAUGUCCCUUCAAGAGAGAGGUGCCAAUGUCCAACCGGCCUAAUAACAAUCCAGGGGGGUCACUGCGACGUUCACAGAGGAACACUGCCGGGGCCCAACCACAAGACGAUUCGAUAGGAGGAAGGUCACAUUUAGGGCAGGCAAAACAUAAGGGAUAUAGCCCUCCUGAGAGUAGAAAAUCUAAUUCUAAGGCACCCAAAGUGCAGUCUAAUACUACUGAACUGUCAAGGGGACACCUUUCUAAAAGAAGCUGCAGUUCAUCAUCUGCUGUCAUAGUUCCACAACCAGAGGAUCCAGACAGAGCCAAUACUUCAGAAAGGCAAAAAACGGGGCAGGUGCCUAAGAAAGACAAUUCUCGAGGAGUGAAACGCAGUGCUAGUCCAGACUACAACAGGACCAAUUCUCCUAGCUCUGCAAAAAAACCAAAAGCACUUCAGCAUUCUGAAUCGCUCUCAGAAACAAAUAAGUCACAUAGUAAGUCAAAAAAGAGACAUUUAGACCAGGAGCAACAACUGAAAUCUGCACAAUUGCCAUCAACAAGCAAGGCUCAUACCAGAAAGAGUGGGGCCACUGGUAGUUCACGGAGUCAGAAAAGAAAGAGGACAGAGAGUUCUUGUAUAAAGAGUGGUUCUGUGUCUGAGUCAACUGGUACCGAAGAGAGAUCUGCAAAACCUACCAAGCUGGCUUCAAAAUCAGCCGCCUCAGCCAAAGCUGGGUGUAGCACCAUCACUGAUUCUUCUUCUGCUGCCUCUACUUCCUCCUCAUCUUCUGCUGUAGCCUCGGCCUCCUCCACUGUACCACCAGGUGCCAGGGUGAAACAAGGAAAAGACCAGAACAAGGCCAGGCGUUCCCGUUCAGCAUCCAGUCCCAGUCCCAGAAGAAGUAGCAGGGAAAAGGAACAGAGUAAAACUGGUGGCUCUUCAAAAUUUGAUUGGGCUGCGCGUUUCAGCCCUAAAGUUAGCCUUCCUAAAACAAAACUGUCUCUUCCAGGGUCUUCUAAGUCAGAGACAUCAAAACCUGGACCUUCUGGAUUACAGGCCAAAUUAGCAAGUUUAAGAAAAUCUACCAAGAAGCGCAGUGAAUCCCCACCUGCUGAGCUCCCCAGUUUGAGGCGGAGCACACGCCAAAAGACCACGGGCUCCUGUGCUAGUGCCAGUCGGCGAGGCUCUGGCCUGGGCAAAAGAGGAGCAGCUGAAGCUCGUCGACAGGAGAAAAUGGCAGAUCCUGAGAGCAACCAGGAGACAGUAAAUUCUUCAGCUGCACGGACAGAUGAAACCCCUCAAGGAGCUGCAGCCUCUAGUUCUGUUGCAGGGGCUGUGGGCAUGACCACUUCUGGGGAGAGUGAAUCAGAUGACUCUGAGAUGGGACGAUUACAAGCUCUGUUAGAGGCCAGGGGUCUUCCUCCACACCUGUUUGGCCCUCUUGGUCCUCGGAUGUCACAACUUUUCCACAGAACAAUUGGAAGUGGAGCUAGUUCUAAGGCGCAGCAGCUUCUGCAAGGACUCCAAGCAAGUGAUGAAAGCCAGCAACUCCAGGCAGUUAUUGAAAUGUGUCAAUUACUGGUCAUGGGAAAUGAGGAGACACUGGGAGGGUUUCCUGUCAAGAGUGUCGUUCCAGCUUUGAUAACAUUAUUGCAGAUGGAGCAUAAUUUUGAUAUUAUGAACCAUGCUUGUCGAGCCUUAACAUACAUGAUGGAAGCCCUUCCUCGAUCAUCUGCUGUUGUCGUAGAUGCAAUUCCUGUCUUUUUAGAAAAGCUGCAAGUAAUUCAGUGUAUUGAUGUGGCAGAGCAGGCCUUGACCGCCUUGGAGAUGUUAUCACGUAGACACAGUAAAGCCAUUCUACAAGCGGGUGGUUUGGCAGACUGCUUGCUAUAUCUAGAGUUCUUCAGUAUAAAUGCCCAAAGAAAUGCACUAGCAAUUGCAGCCAAUUGCUGCCAGAGCAUCACGCCGGAUGAAUUUCAUUUUGUGGCAGAUUCCCUCCCAUUGCUUACCCAAAGGCUAACCCACCAGGACAAAAAGUCAGUAGAAAGUACUUGCCUUUGUUUUGCACGUCUAGUGGACAAUUUUCAACACGAAGAGAAUUUACUCCAGCAGGUUGCCUCCAAAGAUCUGCUUACAAAUGUUCAACAGCUAUUGGUUGUAACUCCACCAAUUUUAAGUUCUGGGAUGUUCAUAAUGGUGGUUCGCAUGUUUUCUCUGAUGUGUUCCAACUGUCCAACUUUAGCCGUUCAACUUAUGAAGCAAAACAUCGCAGAAACACUUCACUUUCUCCUGUGUGCGAUAUGGCAGUGGCGUGAUGACCGGGGCCUUUGGCAUCCCUAUAACAGGAUAGACAGCCGAAUCAUUGAGGCAGCCCAUCAGGUCGGUGAGGAUGAGAUAAGCUUGUCCACUCUGGGACGAGUUUAUACUAUUGAUUUUAAUUCUAUGCAGCAAAUCAAUGAGGACACGGGAACAGCACGUGCCAUUCAGAGAAAACCUAACCCCUUAGCCAAUACUAACACUAGUGGAUAUUCAGAGUUAAAGAAAGAUGAUGCUCGAGCACAGCUUAUGAAAGAGGAUCCGGAACUGGCUAAGUCUUUUAUUAAGACUUUAUUUGGUGUUCUUUAUGAAGUGUAUAGUUCCUCAGCAGGACCUGCGGUCAGACAUAAGUGCCUUAGAGCAAUUCUUAGGAUAAUUUAUUUUGCUGAUGCCGAACUUCUGAAGGACGUCCUAAAAAAUCAUGCUGUCUCAAGCCACAUUGCUUCCAUGCUAUCAAGUCAAGAUCUGAAGAUAGUAGUUGGAGCCCUUCAGAUGGCAGAAAUCUUAAUGCAGAAGUUACCUGAUAUUUUUAGUGUUUACUUCAGAAGAGAAGGUGUAAUGCAUCAAGUAAAACACUUAGCAGAAUCGGAGUCUUUGCUGACAAGUCCACCAAAGGCAUGUACAAAUGGGUCAGGAUCCUUGGGGUCCACAACGUCAGUCAACAGUGGAACAGCCACGGCUGCCACUAACGCUGCAGCUGACUUGGGAUCCCCCAGCUUGCAACACAGCAGAGAUGAUUCUUUAGAUCUGAGCCCUCAAGGUCGAUUAAGUGAUGUUCUAAAGAGAAAACGACUGCCAAAACGGGGGCCAAGAAGGCCAAAGUAUUCACCUCCAAGAGAUGAUGACAAAGUAGACAAUCAAGCUAAAAGCCCCACCACUACUCAGUCACCUAAAUCUUCUUUCCUGGCAAGCUUGAAUCCAAAAACGUGGGGAAGGUUAAGUGCACAGUCUAACAGCAACAUUGAACCAGCACGAACUGCAGGAGUCAGUGGUCUUGCCAGGGCCGCUUCAAAGGACACCAUAUCCAAUAAUAGAGAAAAAAUUAAAGGUUGGAUCAAGGAUCAGGCACACAAAUUUGUUGAGCGUUAUUUCAGUUCUGAAAACAUGGAUGGUAGCAACCCUGCAUUGAAUGUCCUUCAGAGACUUUGUGCUGCAACUGAACAACUCAACCUCCAGGUGGAUGGUGGAGCUGAGUGCCUUGUAGAAAUCCGUAGUAUAGUCUCAGAGUCAGAUGUUUCAUCAUUUGAAAUCCAACAUAGUGGAUUUGUGAAGCAGCUGUUGCUAUAUUUGACAUCUAAAAGUGAAAAGGAUGCUGUGACCAGAGAGAUCAGAUUAAAGAGAUUUCUUCAUGUGUUUUUUUCUUCCCCACUUCCUGGAGAAGAGCCCAUUGGAAGAGUAGAACCAGUCGGUAAUGCACCUUUGUUGGCAUUAGUUCACAAGAUGAACAACUGCCUCAGCCAGAUGGAACAGUUUCCAGUCAAAGUGCAUGACUUCCCCAGUGGGAAUGGGACAGGAGGCAGCUUUUCUCUUAACAGAGGAUCACAGGCUUUAAAAUUUUUCAACACACACCAGUUAAAAUGCCAGUUACAGAGACAUCCAGACUGUGCAAAUGUGAAGCAGUGGAAGGGUGGACCUGUCAAGAUCGACCCCCUGGCUUUGGUACAAGCGAUUGAGAGAUACCUUGUAGUUAGAGGUUAUGGAAGAGUAAGAGAAGACGAUGAAGACAGUGAUGAUGACGGCUCUGAUGAGGAAAUAGAUGAAUCUCUGGCUGCUCAGUUCUUAAAUUCAGGAAAUGUAAGACACAGGCUACAAUUUUACAUUGGAGAACAUUUGCUACCGUAUAACAUGACUGUGUAUCAGGCAGUACGGCAAUUCAGUAUACAGGCUGAAGAUGAAAGGGAAUCUACUGAUGAUGAGAGCAAUCCUCUAGGAAGAGCUGGUAUUUGGACGAAGACUCAUACAAUAUGGUACAAACCUGUGAGAGAGGAUGAAGAAAGUAAUAAAGAUUGUGUUGGUGGUAAAAGAGGAAGAGCCCAAACAGCUCCAACAAAAACUUCCCCUAGAAAUGCAAAAAAGCACGAUGAGUUAUGGCAUGAUGGAGUGUGCCCAUCAGUAUCAAAUCCUUUAGAAGUUUACCUCAUACCUACACCACCUGAAAAUAUAACUUUUGAAGAUCCAUCAUUAGAUGUGAUUCUUCUUUUAAGAGUUUUACAUGCCAUUAGUCGAUACUGGUAUUACUUGUAUGAUAAUGCAUUGUGCAAGGAGAUUAUUCCAACUGGUGAAUUUAAUAACAGUAAGUUGACAGCAAAAGCAAACAGGCAGCUUCAAGAUCCUUUAGUAAUCAUGACAGGAAACAUCCCAACAUGGCUUACUGAACUAGGAAAAACCUGCCCAUUUUUCUUCCCUUUUGAUACCCGGCAAAUGCUUUUUUAUGUAACUGCAUUUGACCGGGACCGAGCAAUGCAAAGAUUACUUGAUACCAACCCAGAAAUCAACCAGUCUGAUUCUCAAGAUAGCAGAGUUGCACCUAGAUUGGAUAGAAAAAAACGUACUGUGAACAGAGAAGAGCUGCUGAAGCAAGCCGAGUCUGUGAUGCAGGAUCUUGGCAGCUCACGGGCCAUGUUAGAAAUUCAGUAUGAAAAUGAGGUUGGUACAGGUCUUGGGCCUACACUGGAGUUUUAUGCACUUGUAUCUCAGGAACUACAGAGAGCUGACUUGGGUCUUUGGAGAGGUGAAGAAGUUACUCUCAGCAAUCCAAAAGGAAGCCAAGAAGGGACCAAGUAUAUUCAAAACCUCCAGGGCCUGUUUGCGCUUCCCUUUGGUAGGACAGCAAAGCCAGCUCAUAUUGCAAAGGUUAAGAUGAAGUUUCGCUUCUUAGGAAAAUUAAUGGCCAAGGCUAUUAUGGAUUUCAGAUUGGUGGACCUUCCCCUUGGCUUACCCUUUUAUAAGUGGAUGCUACGGCAAGAAACGUCACUGACGUCACACGAUUUGUUUGACAUUGACCCAGUGGUAGCCAGAUCAGUGUAUCACCUAGAAGACGUUGUCAGACAGAAGAAAAGACUUGAACAAGAUAAAUCCCAGACCAAAGAGAGUCUACGAUAUGCAUUAGAAACUUUGACUAUGAAUGGCUGCUCAGUUGAAGAUCUGGGAUUGGAUUUCACUCUGCCAGGGUUUCCCAACAUCGAACUGAAGAAAGGAGGAAAGGAUAUACCCGUCACUAUCUAUAAUCUAGAAGAGUAUCUAAGGCUGGUUAUAUUCUGGGCACUAAAUGAAGGCGUUUCCAGGCAGUUUGAUUCAUUCAGAGAUGGAUUUGAAUCAGUCUUCCCACUCAGUCAUCUUCAGUACUUCUACCCAGAAGAGCUGGAUCAACUCCUGUGUGGCAGUAAAGCAGACACUUGGGAUACAAAGAUAUUGAUGGAAUGCUGCAGGCCAGAUCACGGUUACACUCACGACAGUCGGGCUGUGAAGUUUUUGUUUGAGAUUCUCAGUAGUUUUGAUAAUGAGCAGCAGAGGUUAUUUCUCCAGUUUGUGACAGGUAGCCCAAGAUUGCCUGUUGGAGGCUUCCGGAGUUUGAACCCACCCUUGACAAUUGUUCGGAAGACAUUCGAAUCGACAGAAAACCCAGAUGACUUCUUGCCCUCCGUAAUGACUUGUGUGAACUAUCUUAAGUUGCCGGACUAUUCAAGCCUUGAGAUAAUGCGGGAAAAACUGUUAAUAGCCGCAAGAGAAGGGCAGCAAUCAUUCCAUCUUUCCUGAUUACACCGAGGAAUGCAGUGUCUGCCUGUUACAGCAAAAGAAAACAAAUCAUGAUUUCUUUUCUAAAUGUAUCACCUGAGUCAA